AUGUUGAUGUUAAGACCGAUGCUGACCGAGUUUCAGCUGCACGCAAGGGACCUAUUCAAGGAUCGUUUCCACCCAUCUCAGUGCGGAUUGCUUCCCCAUGUCAAGGACGGGCAGUGUGAUGACCCUAACCCAGGUGUCAAGCAGUCUCCGACUCCCACACCACCCAAUCCCAUGAGAACCCCAGCCGCCCCUCCCCGCAGCAAGGGAGAGGAGUGA